GGAGAGAGGAAAGACUCAGGACCUGUUGAUAUCUCAGCAAUGCCUUACAGCACUCACACAGAGGAUCGUACACUGGAUUGUAGCGCUUGGAGUUAAUGACACUUAUUAAGUUAUUGGAAGUUGGUAUUUCGUCUGGUGCCUAAAUGCUGUCACUGGGCAAAAUGCACUCCAGAGCAAAGUCCCGGAGUUGUGACAACUACCUGAGUAUUAAGGACACUGAGUCUUUGGACAGCUGUAUCCAGAGCACCUUGUCGGCCCUGUACCGGCCCUUCAGCGCCACCGCUGCUACGGUCCUGUGGCAGCUCUUCAGUGUGGUGGAACGGCAGUACAGAGGAGACGGCCUCCGCUGCCUCAUCGACUUCCUGCUUCCUGCCAAGAGGAUCCUGCAGAUCAUCCAACAAGAAACCUCUGUGAGGUUCAGAGGAUUGCUCUUCUAUCAUGAGGGGUGGCCUCUCUGCAUCCACGAGAAAGUCGUCCUGCAGCUCGCCCCUCUGCACAAAGUGCGACUAAAGCAAGGAGACUUCUACCUGCAGAUUGUUCCUUUAGGCCGCAAGACUGCCAAGCUUGUGAUAAAAUGUCUGUCGGCCAGCGGGCAGGCCAUCACAGAGGUCCCCAUCGCAGAGAGCAUGUAUGGCAGCGUCUUCACCGCUGAGUUCUUGCAGAAUGUAACACGUGACCGAAACCUGCACCCACUACAGAACUGUCUGCUCACCACUGGUACGGCCGUGUUCAGGACGCCGUGGAAGAACGUGGUCAACCCCCUGUUUGUCAGUAGCACGGCGGAUGCCAUCAUGCAAGCACGCUGCAGCAGAGGCGGCUUUCGCGGCCAGCUCAGCACCUGCAGCACCAGCGGAUCUACGGGGACGCUGGACAGCCACCGCAGCUCCAGAGAGUCCCUGCAUUCUCAGGGAGCUGACUCCAUCUUCUCUGAGCCCACAUCCCCAAACAGACACCACACGGACCCCAGCAGCAGCGAGAACCACAGUGUUGGUGCACCGGACACGGCUACACCCGCCAUUAAAAUCGAAAGAUCCCCUGAAGAGUGUGGGACAGGAAGUGAGGAUGGGAGAGAGCGAGGGUCAGGGCCCAAGAUGCUCUCUUUUAGCACGGACCUCAGUAACCCGGGCCCUCGACGUCGCCUCCCGAGGGACUCUGUUGCAUUUGAGAGCAGGAGGCUUUUCAGGAAAUCAUACAUGGAGGCCCUGCAGAACCCCAUGAGCCUCGGGUCCAGCUCUGAAUCCAUCCUGGAGGAGAGCACGGAGCACAGUGCUGGCCUCAGAGACAACACAGUGACACCAGGCAGCAGCCCUGACACCAGGACCUCCUCCAGAGAACACUUAUCUCGGAGGCUGGGGAGCCGGAGCUGGCUCAGUGGGGACGACUCCAGGCCCAGCACUCCUUUACUCUACUUGCAGAGAGGGCUGAGGAGCGCCGAGAGGCGGGCAGAAAGACGCUCAAAGUCACUGGAGAGGACUAACAAGGCAGCGCAGGUUAAAGGCCACCGGGAACGAUCCUCCUCUGGAGGCUCAGCUACAACCUCCCCCAAAAAACUCUUCAAUGGAUACGCUCAUCGUUUUGGGUUGCUGGAUCUUGAGGCGGCUUUUCAUGGUUCUGAGAGGAGAAGCAGCAAAGAGGAGUCAGGACCGCGUGAUGACAACAUCGGCAGUGAGAGCAGGCGAAACAGGAAUAGCGGAGAAGAGUCACACAGUCCUAAAGCUACCAACGGGUCGGCCAUCAGGCCGGCGGCAGCGCCAGCGCCAGGCUCUUCCUGUGUGGGAAGCUCCGCCCUCCACAAACGGGUGUCAGAGGUCAACCAGGAGCUGCUCACAUCGGGAGCUGUGAUCCUGCCUGGAAACCAAGAUCGCAGUGGGAGGGCCGUGCUGCAGGUGUGCACCAGGGCUCAGGUGUGGGCAGGUGAGAGUUGCACGGUAAAUGACCUCACCUGUUUACUGGGCUACUACUACUCCACGCUGCGGAAAGAAAGGCGUGAUCAAGGCCUAACAGUUGUAAUAGACAGCAGGAGGCUGCAGCCUGCUCCAGCUCUGUUGUCAUCUCUGUCUGAAUUGCAGGCGUUGGCUCCAAAUGCACUUUACACUGUUCUCUUCCUGGUGGACAAGGAGACAGCAGCCAAACCUGACAGAGACAUGGACGUACAGACUGAGACGCUGUCGUCUCUGAAAGCUCUACUGAAGCACAUCGACCAAACGCAGCUGACCCGAGACCUGGAGGGCUCCUUCCACUACGACCACAACCACUGGAUCCACUUCAGACAGAAAAUUGACCCAUUUGCCUGCAGUUGUAGUGCAGCCGUCUCCUCCCUCCAGGAGUCUAUAACCACACUGAGCCACAGCGGCCACCUGAAGACGUCUGAGGAGGUGUCUGAGGUAAUGGAGCAGCAGAGGCAUCUCAUGAAAUGUGUCCUUGAUGACACCCGUUUAAACAGACUGCGUUUAGAGGGAGGAACCGUCCUCGCCCGCAUCAGGAAGGAAGAGCCCUGUGAGAACGAAAACUACAGAGAUGCUGUAGACAUGUUGAAUGCACUGUACAACCAAGUAGAUGAAGAAGUCCAUAAGCUGGUGAUCCUCUCCAACAAGUCUCAGAAACAGCUGGAGAGCCAGCUGGAGGUGCUCCGCUUUGAGGAGCAAACUCAACAGAUCAAACUCUGGUUCAGUGUGGAGGGAGAGAAGCAGCUCACGUCUCUGGAAACAUUAACUCUGUCUGUGGCCAAAGUGAAGGAGAUGAGAGAGAGCUUGGAACAGUUUCUGGAGGAGUCUGUGCACCAGCAGAGGCUCGGCCUGCAGCUGGUGAAAGAGUCUCCGGAGUCUCUUCCAGGUUCUGUUUUCAUCGACUUUAAGCAACAUCUGGGCUCCAUCUUGAACAGAGUAGAGAGGAGGAAGGCCCAGCUAGACAUCCUCACCAACCUCUAUGAAUUCUAUGACUCAGCGAACCAGUGGAUGAAGCAUUGCCAGGAUUAUUUCUGUCACCUGAGUCUGGACAGUACAGGAGCCGGUCUUUCUCCCUCCGUGGUGCAGAUCCUGCAGGAUUACUACACCGAGGCCUCCAAGUUCUCCACGGACAACUUCAGCCCCCUCAACGACAUGGUGCUGUCCCUGCAGAGUCCUCAGCAGCUGGAGCAGUGGAACACCGUGUGGCACAAAUGUCAGCAGACCAAACAGCAGCUGGAGGAGACUUUGGCUCGAGCUUUAACAGCAACAUCAAACUCGACACCUGCUGACACGGACGCUUCUCUACAGACUGCAGAAAGCCAGAUUUCCUCUCCAGAGCCUCCAGGAGUGAAAGCAUGUGUGCUUUUACCUGUAGCACCGUUAACAUUUGAGGAGAACAAGCCUCAGUCGGCGGGGCCGUUCUCCAAGAGCCCCACCAGUUCAAUCUGCUCCUCACACUUCACCUUCCCUCCCGACUGCGACAGCAAGCUGAGGCAGAGUCCGUCCAUGUUUGAAGACACGGACAGCGACUGCACCAUCGACUCCACCAUCUCCUGCCACUCGGAGCCCGUCUACUCCGGGGCCGCCCGCCUUCGCAAGCAGCCGAUGAAGAAGAUCAUGAAGAAGACCAUGAGCUUCGAGCUGAGCCCGAGGGACAGCGGCCACUCGGACGUCAGCCACAUUCACGGCUACACGGGUGUGUACAUCAAGGGUCUGGAGGUGGCGAACAACGUGUCUGCAGAGAAGAAGCUGCAGAGACCAGACGUGCUGAGCCCCGCGCUGGGACGCAGCCGCAGCAUGUCCACGCCCACUAAGACCCACAACAGACGCAGCGACGGAGAGGGCAAGAAACAGAGCAGUAAAGUGCAGCACAUCAUGGAUGAGAUGAUCUCCACAGAGAGGGAGUACGUCCGCUCCCUCAGCUACAUCAUCGAGCAUUAUUUCCCAGAGAUGGAGCGGCUGGACUUGCCCCAGGACCUGCGGGGGAAGCGGAGCAUCAUUUUCGGGAAUGUGGAGAAACUGUGGGACUUCCACACUCAGUACUUCCUGAAGGGGCUGGAGUCAUGUGCCCACUCCCCGCUGUCCAUCAGUAGCUGUUUUCUGAGACACGAGGAUCAGUUUGGAAUGUAUGCUCUGUACAGCAAGAACAAGCCGCAGUCAGACACGCUGCUCAGCAGCCAUGGCAACGAGUUCUUUAAGAAUAAGCAGCUGGAGCUCGGAGACAAGAUGGACUUGGCGUCCUACUUGCUGAAGCCCAUCCAGAGGAUGAGUAAAUACGCUCUGCUGCUUAAAGACCUGAUCAAGGAGUGCAGUCAGUCCCAGGAGCAGGAGCUGAGCGACCUCCGCACCGCCGAGGAGAUGGUCAAGUUCCAGCUCCGCCACGGCAACGACCUGCUGGCUAUGGACGCCAUCCGGGGCUGUGAUGUGAACCUGAAAGAGCAGGGUCAACUCCGCUGCCAGGAUGAGUUCAUCGUCUGGUGUGGACGCAGGAAAUACCUCCGUCACGUCUUCUUGUUUGAAGACCUCAUCCUAUUCAGUAAGACCAAGAAGAUAGAAGGAGGAUAUGACUUUUACAUCUACAAACAGUCCUUCAAGACAGCAGAGAUCGGCAUGACUGAGAGUGUCGGUGACAGCGGCCUGCGCUUUGAGAUCUGGUUCCGGCGGAGGAAGUCUCAGGACACGUUUAUACUGCAGGCCAGCUCGGCGGAGGUCAAGGCUGUGUGGACCGCCAUCAUCGGGAAGAUUCUUUGGAGGCAGGCACUCAGAAACAGAGAGUUGCGCAUGCAGGAGAUGGUGUCGAUGGGGAUUGGAAGCAAACCUUUCAUGGACAUAAAGCCGAGUGACGCAGCGAUCAGUGACAGAGCCAUUGACUAUAUCAUGAAGGGGUCAGAGUCUAGAACCAGAGCCUCCAUCGCCGUGCCUUCCUUUGAAUACGCCACCUCCUUCAAGAGACCUCACUCCACCAUCUCCAACAGCAGCACCUCCUCCUCCAGCAGCCAGUCGUCCUCCUCGCUGCUGGGCUCGCUCAACCUCCAUCUUUACUCCUCCCCCUCCCAGCAGCACACACAUCCAUACCUGGUGAGCAGCGUUCCCUCCUUCGCCCAGUGGCCCUACGACUGCAUAGAGGAGGACGAGCUGGAGCAGGACCCCGGCCAGCCCUCCAUGAUCACUGAGAGCUCAGAAACCUCCUCCCAGUGUCCCUCCAGUGACAGUGUUACUGGGCUCUCUAUACCCGGCCACUCCAGCAUCAACAUGGACUCCUUCAACAACAACAACGAGCCCUCCUCCUUCCUCUGCUCCUCCUCACCUCCUUCCUCCAUCGCGUCACCUUCCAUUUUCCAGAAAGAGGAAGACCUCCAACCCCAGGGCACCAAGUUCAUCACAGCACUGUGAACUCUCCAGCUGAACGCUACUUGAUGCCACGGCAGUUUGUAUAUGAGGACACGUAGAUGAAAUAAAAGGAUUCCAGCUUCGCAGCACUAAGACUUUAAUGGAUGAAGCUCAGCUAUUAUGACAUUUCACUGUAAAUUGGAAAUAGACACAGAAUAUACACUGCCAUGAUGGUACGUCAAUGGUCUGUACAUUUGUUUUAAUGAGCUAGAAUCAGUGUUUAUAUUGUAGAUGAGGUUUUUUUUUAAUGUAUUUUACAAAAAAUAGCAGGCAGAUCAAUCCAGACAAUGUUGUAAUGUCAUAUUUCUUUUCUUCUGUUGCCAGUCCUGUGUUUGUACAGAUGAUUAAAAUGUUUAAAACAUGUCCAUGUGUUUGUUUCUUU